CGCCCUUCGCCGCCCGACUCCUUCGCCUCGGGCUCCGGUCCACGCGGGGAAAGACGGAGGUUGGUACCUUGAUUAGACACUUGACCUUCCGUCAACUCUGCUAAUCUUGGAAAUAAAUAUGUUCAAAAUGAUAAUUUUAGAUACUUGCAGUGAAGAUUCAUACAGAAUGAAUUCCCAGAGUUGAAAAAAAGUUCAUGUAAAGAAGACCGUAGCAAUGUUUCUAGAUUAUAUCAAAGAUCCACAUCUUGGUACUGUACAACAUACGGAUAACAGAACAUCCAAUAAUGUGAUCAUCAUGUGAAACAGAAGGCUGUGUAGGAUCUGCUGAUCCAAGAGAAUAAGAGGUUGCAGGUUUUCCUGCAGGAAUCUACAAACAUAGUCUUUUGAUAAUCUCAAGAGAAGGUACCUAAUAAAAAUGCCUCCAAGACCAUCAUCCGGUGAACUGUGGGGCAUCCAUUUGAUGCCACCAAGAAUCCUAGUAGAAUGUCUUCUACCUAAUGGCAUGAUAGUGACUUUAGAAUGCCUCCGUGAGGCCACCUUGUUAAAUAUUAAACACGAACUUUUUAAAGAAGCUCGAAAAUACCCUCUCUAUCAGCUCCUUCAAGAUGAGUCCUCUUACAUUUUCGUAAGUGUUACGCAAGAAGCAGAAAGGGAAGAAUUUUUCGAUGAAACACGGCGACUAUGCGAUCUACGACUCUUCCAGCCUUUUCUAAAAGUCAUAGAGCCAGUAGGCAACAGAGAAGAGAAAAUUCUGAAUCGGGAAAUUGGUUUUGCUAUUGGCAUGCCUAUCUGUGAAUUUGACUUGGUUAAGGAUCCAGAAGUUCAGGACUUCAGAAGAAACAUUCUUAAUGUUUGUAAAGAAGCAGUAGAUCUGCGAGAUGUUAACGCACCCCAUAGCAGAGCAUUGUAUGUCUGUCCCCCAAACAUAGAAUCUUCGCCCGAGUUGCCCAAGCAUAUAUACAGUAAACUUGAUAAAGGACAAAUAAUAGUGGUGAUAUGGGUAAUAGUCUCCCCCAACAAUGACAAGCAGAAGUACACUUUAAAAAUCAAUCAUGAUUAUGUGCCAGAACAAGUCAUUGCUGAAGCAAUCAGGAAAAAAACACGAAGUAUGUUGCUGUCAUCCGAACAGCUAAAGCUCUGUGUGUUAGAGUACCAGGGGAAGUAUAUUUUAAAAGUAUGUGGUUGUGAUGAAUAUUUGCUAGAAAAACAUCCCCUGAGUCAAUACAAGUACAUCCGGAGUUGUAUCAUGCUUGGUCGAAUGCCCAAUUUGAUGCUGAUGGCUAAGGAAAGUCUUUACACCCAGCUGCCAUUGGAUACCUUUACAAUGCCAUCUUAUUCUAGGCGUAUUUCUACAGCUACACCAUACAUGAAUGGAGAAGCUUCAGCCAAAUCCCUCUGGGCUAUUAACAGUAAUCUCAGAAUAAAGAUUCUCUGUGCUACCUAUGUAAAUGUAAAUAUUCGAGAUAUUGACAAGAUUUAUGUCCGAACUGGCAUCUAUCAUGGAGGAGAGCCAUUAUGUGAUAAUGUGAAUACUCAGAGAGUACCUUGCUCCAAUCCUAGGUGGAAUGAGUGGCUGCAGUAUGAGAUGCACGUUCUUGAUCUUCCACGUGCGGCUCGGCUUUGCCUUUCUAUCUGCUCCGUUAAAGGGAGGAAAGGUGCAAAGGAGGAGCACUGUCCAUUGGCGUGGGGGAAUAUUAACAUGUUUGAUUACACAGACACUCUUGUUUCUGGCAAAAUGGCUCUGAAUCUGUGGCCUGUACCUCAUGGGUUGGAAGACCUGCUAAAUCCCAUUGGAGUCACUGGAUCAAAUCCCAAUAAGGAAACUCCUUGUUUAGAGCUGGAAUUUGAUUGGUUUAGCAGUCCUGUAAAGUUUCCCGACAUGUCUGUAAUUGAAGACCAUGCCAAUUGGACUAUAUCUCGAGAACUAGGGUUUAACUACAGUCAUGCAGGAUUGAGUAAUAGACUAGCACGAGAUAAUGAAUUAAGAGAUUGUGACAAAGAGCAGCUGCGUUCAAUCUGCACUCGAGACCCACUGUCUGAAAUAACUGAACAAGAAAAGGAUUUCCUUUGGAGCCACAGGCAUUACUGCGUAAAUACGCCAGAAAUUCUACCUAAAUUGCUUUUGUCUGUCAAAUGGAACUCUAGAGAUGAAGUAGCCCAGAUGUACUGCUUGAUAAAAGACUGGCCUCCCAUCAAGCCUGAACAGGCAAUGGAGCUUUUGGACUGCAAUUACCCAGAUCCGAUGGUGCGAGCAUUUGCAAUUCGAUGUCUAGAAAAAUAUCUGACAGAUGACAAACUCUCUCAGUAUUUGAUUCAGCUGGUACAGGUUCUGAAAUACGAGCAGUACUUGGAUAAUCUGCUCGUGAGAUUUUUACUGAAGAAAGCACUAACCAAUCAAAGAAUAGGACACUUCUUCUUUUGGCAUCUAAAGUCUGAAAUGCACAACAAAAAUGUGAGCCAGAGGUUUGGUCUGCUUUUGGAGUCAUAUUGCCGAGCAUGUGGGAUGUACCUUAAACAUCUGAGCAGGCAGGUAGAAGCUAUGGAAAAACUUAUUAACCUCACAGACAUCCUUAAACAGGAGAAAAAGGAUGAAACUCAAAAGGUACAGAUGAAAUUCCUUGUGGAGCAAAUGAGGCGGCCAGACUUCAUGGAUGCAUUGCAAGGCUUUAUAUCUCCUCUCAAUCCUGCUCAUCAGCUUGGAAAUCUUAGGCUUGAGGAGUGCAGGAUUAUGUCAUCUGCUAAAAGGCCACUUUGGCUUAAUUGGGAAAACCCAGAUAUCAUGUCUGAGCUGCUGUUUCAGAACAAUGAAAUCAUCUUUAAAAAUGGAGAUGAUCUACGUCAGGAUAUGCUCACACUUCAAAUCAUAAGAAUCAUGGAAAACAUCUGGCAAAACCAAGGGCUUGAUCUUAGGAUGCUGCCUUAUGGUUGUUUAUCUAUUGGCGACUGUGUGGGGCUCAUUGAGGUUGUGAGAAAUUCACACACAAUCAUGCAGAUCCAGUGCAAAGGUGGCCUUAAAGGAGCACUGCAAUUCAACAGCCAUACAUUACAUCAGUGGCUCAAAGACAAGAACAAAGGGGAAAUGUAUGAUGCAGCUAUUGAUUUGUUUACACGCUCUUGUGCUGGCUAUUGUGUGGCUACUUUCAUACUGGGAAUUGGAGAUCGUCACAAUAGCAAUAUCAUGGUGAAAGAUGAUGGGCAGCUGUUUCACAUUGAUUUCGGACACUUUUUGGAUCACAAAAAGAAGAAGUUUGGCUAUAAACGAGAGCGUGUGCCAUUUGUCUUAACGCAAGAUUUCUUGAUAGUGAUUAGUAAAGGAGCCCAAGAAUGUACCAAAACAAGGGAAUUUGAAAGGUUCCAAGAAAUGUGUUAUAAAGCUUAUCUAGCAAUCCGACAGCAUGCCAAUCUUUUCAUAAACCUCUUCUCCAUGAUGCUUGGUUCCGGGAUGCCAGAACUACAGUCUUUUGAUGACAUUGCAUAUAUUCGCAAGACUCUUGCAUUGGACAAAACGGAGCAGGAAGCUCUGGAGUAUUUCAUGAAACAGAUGAAUGAUGCUCAUCAUGGUGGCUGGACAACAAAAAUGGACUGGAUCUUUCAUACAAUCAAGCAACAUGCCUUGAACUGAAACAAAAAUGAAUGUGCUGAAAAACUGAUGACCCAUUUUGUGGCUGUUUCACUGCACUGUUGGCAGUAAAGAUUGGUUGCAUCUUAAUUGCACAAACCAUGAACAGCAUUUGAACUUGCAGCAAGAUUAAAAAACAACAACCUCAAAGCUAUUUAAAUACGUUAAACAGGGUUUCGGAACACUACAGACUGUGUAUUACAAAUACAACUUUUCCUGUAUGUACAGUCAUGUUAUGCCUUAAGUCUAGGAAGGUAUACUUCAGAGAUUUGUUUGAUUGAUUGGGGAAUCUGUGCCGAGCAUUAAAACCAGUCAUUCACAUGUUCCAGUUGGUCUGGUGAAAAUUGGGCCCAUGUAGGUUUGCAAAAAAGGAAAGCUUAGCAAUAUUAAUUGCUCCUGAGAGUUUUCCUCUCCCAUGAACUCCAGUCAGUAAAUUAGAGAAGAUCGUGCCUUCAUAAUGUCAGAUAUAAUUGGUGGAUUUUAGAGUAGCAAUUUUCUCAGUUUUUAUUUGACUAUUUCAAACAAGUUAUUAGGUAUAGAUCUUAAGAUUCUGCUGGACAGUAUUAGUAGGUUUUCAAUGUGAUUACCUCUCCCACCACCUCAAAAGUCUGGCUAGUGGGGAGGAUUGGGUUUAGUGCAACACUUUCAGAUUCGAUUUUUUUUUCUAACCUAAACCUCAGUACAUUUUUUCAAGCAUGUUUUUCAGAACCUAAAAAGAGGUGAGUUAUUAGAAUUAAAGAUUAUUUUUAUAAAGGUUAUUUAUAUAACAGAAGCUAUUAAUAUAUAAUACUUCCUUACAUUGAUUUUUCCAAUUUUGUCAUUUUAAUUCUGUAGAUCAUUUCUCUUUCUAAGAGCCUACUUGUAUAAGCCGCUAGGCUGAUGUUGUGGUUUGUAGGAUCAUAUUUAAAGAUCCUUGUGCUGGUCUGGGGCAUGAGUUGUCCAUGUGUUCUUAGAUGUGACUCUAAAGCCCUACACCAAGCUCACCUCUGGCAGGAAGGGGUUAGGAACUUUCCAACAGGAAGCUUGGUAGAGCAGCAUAGGUGCACCCCACUAUUUAGUACGCUGUUUAGUUGCACCAGCACAAACUUCUGUUCCUGUGGUUGACCCUCUAUGACACGGCUAAUUUGUUUGCUUGGAAGCGAUUUUCUGUUGAAAUCUGUGUGAUCGAUUUCCAAGUAAACACACUUUAAAGACUAGAAUGUCCAACUCCAUUGUCUAUAGCUUUCUCAAAUUUUGAUAGUGAGUUUAAGUCAAGCAACAAACUCUUGCUGAAAUUCAAAUUUGACUUGGCAGAUCAAUGGUAAUCCUUGGCGUGGGACCAGGUAGAUCAGUGGGAACGCAAAGACUUUGACUUUGUCUAAGUGCUCCCAAGCAGCAACAUUCUCUUGCAAAACCUCUUUGAUUGGCUUUCAGUACUCUUGUUCAGCAUAAUCAGAAGAGAGACUUGCAUGGAUUGGGAAAUGGGAGGGGAAGACGAGUAACCUUCACCCUCUGCUUUUUCACCCAGUGCUGGCACACAGAGAUUAAGAUCAGUUAUUGGGAAAGCUUUUGCUUCCACUAGUAACUGUUUUUACUUCCAACAGAAGUAUAAACAGAACGAUAACUUGCAACAAAUGCUUCCAGUGCCAAUGUCAGCUCUGGUAUUUUAGGGUGGAAUGAGGCCCCACAUGUCUUCCUUCAAAUACUAUCUCAGGCAAUACUCUUCAGAUGAUAUGCUGGGCAUUUUGUUAAUCCUGGACUUUGGAGUCCAUCUCUGUCUUAGCCCUCUUUCUUGGACUGUUAAACAGAAGCUGCUUAAUUGCAGUAACUAACAUACUAGAAAAUCACUAUAUUUUCAAUCCGAUCACUAAAUGGUCCUUUGUACUGCAAAAGAAACAAUAGUCCAUAGCAUGCAGAGCUAGCAACCAAUAUUUUAUACCUGUGUGUGUGUGUGUGUGUGUGUACAUAUAUAUAUAUAUAUAUACUUAUAUAUAUCUGUAUAUAUCUGUCUUUAAAACAACAAAACUGAUACAACUAGCAGAACCAUUGGUACAACUUAUUCCAAAAUGUCUUUUUUAAUAAGGCCAGGUAUUUUGAGUCCGGGAUAUGUAAGGUGCCAUUUCUUCCAUAUUAAUGUUAUUGUCUCACAGCAUCUGAAAAUGUUUCAGAAAUUUGGAUAUUUGAGUUCACUUGCCUUUUCUUCUGUCCAUCAAAUCUAGGUAUUACUUGGAGUGCAAUACCAGCUUGAACAUAAUUUGCUGACGUUAGGUCAUUAUAAAUAAAUUUGUAUAGACUUAAUGGACAAGAGGCUAUGUUUCUUCAGCAAGAUAAAUAUUAAGUAGGCUGCUUGUUGUUGUUGAACUUGAAAGGGG